UGGUACAUCGAGCCACCAUUCAUACUACGCUCUCCGAAUCUCUUCGUCGUCUCUCUCUACAAUUCGAUUUGAAGGAAAAAGAAGAAGAAAGUGGCCCGAUAUUUCGUGCUUUUAAGGAGUCUCGCAGAGCGUCCGAUUUUUCGGCGACCCGGGCCGGUAAAUGGCCGAUUACGAGCCGCUACCGGACGGCGAAGAAGAGCAGCCACCGCAGGCCAGUAGGAAAGCCGCACGUGUCGCGUCACUCGACGUCUUUCGCGGCCUCUGCGUCUUCCUCAUGAUGCUAAUUGAUUAUGCCGGCGCGGUUUUUCCAUUCAUUCGUCAUUCGCCAUGGAAUGGCGUUCACUUGGCUGAUUUUGUGAUGCCCUUCUUUCUUUUCAUUGCUGGGGUUUCUCUUGCACUUGGAUACAAGAAAGUACCCAACAAAGCAGAGGCUACAUGGAAAGCAGUGUUUAGGGCAGUGAAACUUUUUCUUUUAGGUGUUCUUCUUCAAGGUGGUUAUCUGCAUGGAGUAACUUCCUUGACAUAUGGUGUUGACAUCGAAAAAAUAAGGUGGAUGGGCAUUUUGCAGAGGAUAUCUAUUGGAUACGUUGUCGCGGCUUUAUGUGAGAUCUGGCUUCCAUGUAGGACAUGGAGGGAAGAACAUUUAUUCAAGGGUCACUACUGGCAUUGGUGUAUUGCAUUUUCACUGUCUGCAGUAUAUAUGUCACUAUCAUAUGGUCUAUAUGUUCCGAAUUGGCAAUUCACAGUACCAGCCUCAGCCUCGUCUUUGCCUCCAUCAAAUGAUAGCCAUGUUUACAUGGUGAAAUGUGGUGUGAGAGGUGAUCUUGGACCUGCCUGCAAUGCUGCUGGAAUGAUUGACCGUUAUAUUCUGGGUGUUGAUCAUCUAUAUAUGAAACCUGUUUACAGAAACCUGAAGGAGUGCAUUGUCUCUGCCAAUGAGAGUUCACCUCUGUGGUGUCUUGCUCCUUUUGACCCUGAAGGUAUCUUAAGCUCCUUAACAGCAGCUGCAACUUGCAUUAUUGGACUUCAAUACGGACACAUUCUUGCUCACUUACAGGACCACAAAGGACGCCUGACUAACUGGUCCUUGCUUUCAAUUUCUUCUUUCGUCCUUGGACUGUUCCUUACCUUCAUAGGCAUACCUCUAAAUAAAGCUCUGUAUACAGUCAGUUAUAUGCUGAUUACUUCUGCAUCUGCGGGGAUCACAUUUGGUGCUUUAUAUCUGUUGGUAGAUGUUUACGGUUACAGACGCUUGACAUCUGUGCUGGAGUGGAUGGGACUGCAUGCUUUAAGUAUCUUCGUUCUCAUAACUUCUAACUUAGUUGUCAUUGCAAUUCAAGGAUUUUAUUGGACUGCUCCUGAAAACAAUAUCGUUCACUGGAUCAUAGCACAUGUUGUGCGCACGUGACAUGUUCAUACAGUUCCUGUGUGAUGGUUAAGCCUUUGGAUCUUCACCUUCUUUGUGUUUCUCCUCAUGCUUAAAAUCUUUGAUUUCCAGUUUUAUGGUUUUGAGCAUGGGGUGACAAGGAGGGUGGAAAGAAGAGAGUUCCCAUUGCUUUAGCUAACCUUGUUGUAGACUGCUGUGCUGUGAUUUUCACAAUUGAGGUUAAUCUUCUUCUUCUUUUUGAUCUCAUUUUUUGUAGCCAACCUUGUUGUAGACUGUUGUGGUUCUCAAAUUUGAGGCUAACCUUCUUCUUCUUCGAGUUUUCAUUGUUGUAGGCUUGUAGCCAACCUUGUAGUCAAUAGUGAGUCUGGAGUUUUAGUUUAGUCAUUUAAGAACCAUCAGCUUGUAUAGUUUACUCUUCAAAUGUGCUAGAAAAUUUUGAAAGUAUGAAUCUUGCUUUAUGGUCCAGCAGCAACUUUCUGAAUAUACAUAUGAUUGUGAGACA